AUGGUUGUGGCUCAUGGAUUUAACCAGUCAUCUCAGCAGAAACCAGGAAUAGAGACUGAUUUAUGCCAGCAAAUACAUUGCUGGUUUGAACUCAAGAAGACAAAGAAAGUGGGAUGGGAUGAAGGAGGGCUGUUGAACUUCCUGGAUUUUACAGAACUGGGCCAUAGCACUAUUUGGAUGCAACUAUGCGCUAUUUUUCAAGGAAAGGGAAAAAUGGCUCUGAAGGCAAUUCAGAGAUUUUCAGGGCUGCCACACCACCAUACACCUGAGGGGUAUUACAAUUACAAUGGGGCUGGUGCCGCCCAGCAAGGGCUGACUGACAGCUGCCAGUCUGGAGGUGUUCCCACAGCUGUGCAGAACUUAGCGCCUCGGGCUGCUGUUGCUGCCGCUGCUCCUCGGGCUGUUGCACCUUACAAAUACGCCUCCAGCGUCCGCAGUCCUCACCCUGCCAUCCAGCCCCUGCAGGCACCCCAGCCUGCGGUCCACGUGCAGGGGCAGGAGCCGCUGACCGCCUCCAUGCUGGCUGCAGCACCGCCCCAGGAACAGAAGCAGAUGCUGGGUGAACGUCUGUUCCCACUCAUCCAGACGAUGCACUCGAACCUGGCUGGGAAGAUAACUGGGAUGCUGCUGGAGAUUGACAACUCGGAGCUGCUGCACAUGCUGGAGUCCCCCGAGUCUCUCCGCUCCAAGGUGGAUGAGGCUGUGGCGGUCCUUCAGGCUCAUCAUGCCAAGAAAGAAGCUGCUCAGAAGGUGGGCGCUGUCGCUGCUGCUACCUCUUAGACAAGGACGAACCGAUUCAAAAGCCAAAUAAACCCUCAUGGAAUUCAGCUCAAGGUUUGAAGACUUCCUAGCUUGUCCUAUGGACCUCAACACCAAGAACCGCAAUUGCAAAUUUAAUAGGUCAUUUUGUAUCAAAAGGUCAAUUAUGAAGCACCUAGAAUUUUUCAAUUUAAAGAAUAUAUUCUCUGGGCUCUGAUAUGGCCCAGACAGUGUUAACUUUUCUUUUUCUAUUGUGGGUUUUGAUUUUUUUCCCCCAGAAAUUGGUUUUAUUUGAUGUACCCAAGUCUUAAGUUUCUCAAUAAAGAAAAAAAUCUCCAUAAAAAAAAAA